CCUAGCACUUCUGAGUAAUUUGUCCCACAUCAUAAUCUGCAACCAUGAAGUGGGUAACAUUAAUUUCAUUUAUAUUCCUCUUCAGUUCUGCUACAUCCAGGAAUCUGCAAAGAGUUGCUCGAGAUGCAGAACACAAGAGUGAGAUUGCCCAUCGCUUCAAUGAUUUGAAGGAAGAUACAUUUAAGGCAGUCACCAUGAUCACGUUUGCCCAGUAUCUCCAGAGGUGUUCUUAUGAGGGACUGUCCAAGUUGGUGAAGGAUGUUGUUGAUCUGGCACACAAGUGCGUGGCCAAUGAGGAUGCUCCUGAGUGUGGAAAACCACUGCCCACCAUUUUCCUGGAUGAAAUCUGCCAAGUAGAAAAGCUUCGUGACGCAUAUGGUGCAAUGGCUGACUGCUGCAGUAAAGCUGAUCCUGAAAGAAAUGAGUGUUUCCUGUCAUUCAAAGUUCACCAACCAGACUUCGUUCAGCCUUACCAAAGACCAGCUGCUGAUGUGAUAUGCCAGCAGUACCAGGACAACAGGGUGUCAUUCCUGGGAAAUUUUGUCUACACUGUAGCAAGAAGAAACCCCUUCUUGUAUGCCCCAGCAAUUCUCGGUCUGGCUGCUGCUUAUGAGCAUGCACUUGAAGGCUGUUGCAAAGAGAGUGAUGUCGGUGCUUGCUUGGACGAAAAGGCAGCUGCCAUCAAAGAAAAAGCCAAGAAAAUAAGUGUGAAGCAGCAGUAUUCUUGUGGAAUCCUCCACAAGUUCGGAGAGAGAAUUUUCAAAGCAAAUAAACUUGCUGCCAUCAGCCAGAAAUAUCCCAAGGCUCCAUUCUCAGAAAUUGGUAAACUUGUACAUGAUAUUAAUGGUAUCCACAAAGAGUGCUGUGAAGGGGACAUGGUAGAGUGCAUGGAUGACAUGGCAGAGCUUAUAGCCUAUAUGUGCUCUAAACAAGAUGUUUUCUCAAGUAAAAUCAAAGGCUGCUGUGAGAAGCCGAUUGUGGAACGAAGCCAGUGCAUUAUGGAUGCAGAGUUUGAUGACAAACCUGAAGAUCUUCCUUCACUAGUUGAAAGAUACAUAAACAAUAAGGAAGUAUGUAAAAGCUUUGAGGCAGGCCAUGACGCAUUCCUGUCAGAGUUUGUUUAUGAAUACUCACGAAGACACCCUGAGUUCUCCACGCAGCUGAUUCUGAGAGUUGCUAAGGGAUAUGAAACACUCCUGGAAAAGUGCUGCAAAACAGACAACCCUGCUGAGUGCUAUGCAAAUGCUCAAGAGGAAUCAACCAAACAUAUCAAAGAAACUCAGGAUGUUGUAAAGACAAACUGUGACCUUCUCGCUGCCCAUGGCGAGCCAGACUUUCUUAAAGCAAUUCUGAUCCGCUACACUAAGAAAAUGCCUCAGGUAUCAACUGAUACACUGCUUGAAAUUGGAAAGAAAAUGACAGCCAUUGGUACUAAGUGCUGCCAGCUUCCUGAAGACAGACGCCUACCUUGUUCUGAGGGAUAUCUGGACAUUGUGAUUCAGGACAUGUGCAGAAGACAGGAGACGACACCUAUCAAUGACAACGUUUCACAUUGCUGCAGCGAGUCGUUUUCUUACAGGAGACCAUGUUUCACUGCCAUGGGAGUAGAUACCAAAUUUGUGCCUCCACCAUUUAACCCUGACAUGUUCAACUUUGAUGAAAAACUGUGCAGUGCUCCUCCUGCUGACAGAUGAAGUAAAUUGCUUGUCAACCUCAUUAAACGCAAGCCCCAGAUGACAGAAGAACAAAUAAAGACAAUUGCUGCUGGUUUCACUGCCAUGGUAGACAAGUGCUGCAAGCAAUCAGAUAUUGAGACAUGCUUUGGGGAAGAGGGUGCAAACCUAAUAGUCCAGAGCAGAGCCACAUUAGGAAUUGGUGCUUAA